AUGCUCGUCAUUUCUGGGCAAGCCCAUUAUACAGUGCCUGUAGAUACCGAGCUUUAUGAUCUUCUAGGCGUUCCACCGUCUGCUAGUGAAGACGAAAUCAAAAAGGCCUAUCGGAAAAAGGCCAAAGAGCAUCAUCCCGACAAGAAUCCCAAUGACCCUCAAGCUGCUCAGAAAUUCCAGGAGAUGGCUGCCGCCUACGAGAUCCUCAGCGAUCCAGAGAGCAGAGCCCUAUAUGAUGAAAAUGGGAUGGCUGGCCUAGGUCCUGGGUCACGGGGACCAGGUGGCAUGGCCGAUGCCGCAGACCUCUUUGCUCAAUUCUUCGGUGGAGGCGCGACUUUCUUCGACGUGGGUGGAGGGGGCCCCCGCCGAAACAAAGGUCAAGAUACCGAGGUUCCCUACAAUGUUACGUUAGAAGAUUUAUACAACGGCAAAUCUGUAAAGAUGAAUAUGGAGAGAGAAGUCAUUUGCAACACUUGUCAAGGUUCUGGUGCCCGGGGUAACGCAAAACCCAAGGAAUGCGUCAACUGCGAGGGCAAAGGCUGGUCGUUUAUCCAAACGCAGAUCUCUGCUUCAACUUAUGGCACAGCACGGACGAAAUGUGCCGAGUGCAACGGUCAAGGUAGUAAAUUGAAAGAGAAAGAUCGGUGUAAAAAAUGCAAGGGUGAAAAGACAGUUCAAGAAAAGACUCGACAAGAAAUCUUCAUAGAGAAGGGCAUGCCAGAUGGACAUCGGAUUGUCCUCGCAGGCGCAGGUGAUCAGCAGCCCGGUAUCCCUACGGGUGACGUGAUUUUCAAACUCAAAACUACUCACCACGAGUCUUUUGAGCGCUCAGGCAGCAAUUUGUUGACACAUGUCAAAAUCACGCUAUCCGAGGCACUUCUAGGUUUCUCCCGCAUCUUGAUUAAGCACCUCGACGGGAGGGGCAUUCGUGUCUCCAGUCCCCCGGGUAGGAUUAUUCAGCCAGGAGAUUCGAUAAAGCUCGGUGGGGAAGGCAUGCCUACACACAAACAUCCAGAUCAGAAAGGCGACUUGUUUAUCGUUCUCGACAUAGAAAUGCCUGACGCGCAAUGGCUGCAAUCCGUGGAUAAGCCGGCAUUGGAAAGACUUUUGCCGCCAAAGAAACUAGAUAUGGACCCAAUGCCUGAGAUUGUCGAUGAAGUCCCAUAUGAAGAAGGGGACAUUGUGGACGUGCGUGCCCGGUCUUUCCCGGCUGGUUCGGAUUUCUUUGAUCAAGGGUUUGCAUCGCAGUUCGGAGAUGGAGAUGAAGAUGACUGGGAGGAUGAAGACGAUGACGACUAUGACAAUGACGACAUGGGAGGCGAGCCAGAGUGCAGACCUCAAUGA